CCCGCCCGGCGCUCCCGCGCGCACCCGGCCGCCCGAGCGAUAUUAAAAUGUCUGAUGAUGCCAGUGAUACCCUAGCCACUGGAGACAAGGCAGAAACAAUCAAGAUGCCCAAUAGUGAUUCUUCUGAUGAAGAAAAAGGAGAGCACUGUGAUGUGGCUGUGACUGCAAGUGAGCCGAUGUCUACUGACCUUGGAGAGGCACAUGACAAUACAGCUAUUCAGGAUGUAGAGCUUGCUGGUUCUGUGCAUGCUGAGCAGCCCAGAGACCCCUGUACCGUGGAUCCACCCUACAAUGGAGAAGUGACCGAGGACAACCUGGUUGAGUGCAUUGAUUCUGUCAGCCUCGAGGCAGAACCAGGAUCCGAAAUACCCCUGAAAGAACCGAAUAGCCCGACUGCAGAUUCCACUCCACAAGGUGGAAGAUGGACUGGCUGGGGUUCCUGGGGCAAAUCUCUGCUCUCCUCAGCAUCUGCCACAGUAGGUCAUGGAUUGUCAGCAGUCAAGGAAAAGGCAGGGGCCACCCUGCGGGUCCAUACUGUCCCUUCUGGCUCCUCUGAUGGGACUCAACCUGAUGCUGAGCAUGACGUUCCUCAAACAGAGGCAGCGCCAGCUCAGAGUCCGGAAAGCCCCCCCACAUCCCCUUCAUCCGGGUCUCGGGGCGUGUUCUCAGCCAUCACCAAUGCAGUCCAGAACACAGGCAAAAGCGUCUUAACGGGCGGUCUUGAUGCUCUGGAAUUCAUUGGCAAGAAAACCAUGAAUGUCCUCGCGGAAAGUGACCCAGGCUUCAAAAGGACCAAGAACCUCAUGGAGAGAACAGUUUCCUUAUCUCAGCUGUUAAGGGAAGCCAAGGAGAAGGAGAAGCAGAGACUGGCCCAGCAGCUUCCAGAUGAGAGGACUGUGCACUAUGGGCUGCUGUUUGAUGAGUACCAAGGGUUGUCACACCUGGAAGCCCUGGAAAUUCUGUCCAAUGAAAGUGAAAACAAGGUUCAGUCAUUUUUAGCUUCACUUAAUGGAGAGGAGCUGGAGCUCUUAAAACAUGACCUAAUUUCCAUUAAAGACAUCUUCGCAGCCAAAGAAUUAGAGGGUGAAGAGAAUGAAGAGAAUCAAGAAGAACCAGGCCCAGAAGAAAAGGGAGAAGAAUUCGCUAGCAUGCUCACAGAGCUUCUCUUCGAAUUACAUGUUGCGGCCACGCCUGACAAACUCAAUAAGGCCAUGAAGAAAGCACAUGAAUGGGUUGAAGAAGAUCAGACCAUUGGGUCUGUAGAUUUGACAGAUGAAUCAGAAGAAAAAACUGAGAAGGAAGAUGAAGCAGAGAAAUCUGAAAACUCCAAAGAAGAAGGCAAAGGAGAAAAAACAACAAAGACAAUUGAGGAAGUCUGCAGGCUCUCCAUCGAGAGCCUGGCAGAGGUGACAGCCCGCUGCAUUGAGCAGCUUCAUAAAGUCGCAGAAUUAAUUCUCCAUGGACAAGAAGAGGAAAAAUCAGCUCAGGACCAAGCAAAAGUUCUCAUUAAAUUAACUACUGCAAUGUGCAAAGAAGUUGCUACCCUAUCCAAGAAGUUUACAACUUGCUUAACCACUGUUGGGAGCGACAAGAAGGCCGAGGUCCUUAACCCGAUGAUCAAUAGUGUGUAUGUAGAGGGCUGCAACAGCACGACCUACAUCCAGGAUGCCUUCCAGCUGCUGCUGCCGGUGCUGCAGUUCUCCCACAUCCACACGGCCGCCCCGAAGCCCAGCCCCGACCCGGGCGAAGCCCCACCGCUCUGA